GUUGGCUGGACAACAGGCGGUGAGAUAUGGGACGCCAACGAUCUAAACGGGCAUCCAGUGCCGACAUGCCAGGCAGCGGAAAUGCAAACCCGUAUUGCUCUCAAUGCUCCAACGAAUCAUCAAAAUGCAAAUAUCCUGAAAGCGGCAAGAGAGCAAAGACUUGCAGAGACUGAGUCGGCCCUUUAUGGUGCUCUCAUGACAUUGAGCUCAAUGGGUCCAACAACUACUUUGCUCCAAGCCACCACGAAGCCGGAUUCGCUACAAAAAUCGAAAUCUGCACGAAUGGAUGAAUGGUCGCGAUUGCCGCUUCGAGGUUGGCCCGACAUAUACCACUGGAAGGCAUCCAUGUGCGAUCAAUUUACCCUCAAUCAGUCGCAAGAGGUACCGCUCGUGGAUCACUCGACAGCUAGUCAUGCCAUUUCAGCUUCGCCUGCUGCGACUACCAUCCACAGUCACAGCCCUCAAGGUGAAUUAGAAACUUCUGGGCCGGCUAGCUUUGCGUGGCACCCAGGCGAAGAUGUCAACAUGGGCAGUCCCUAUAACGCCUAUCUUCGACCUCCCGGGAUGAUUUCUUCUCCGACGUAUUUGAGGGACCCAGCUCCGGGUCCAGCAGAGACCUUAGUUAAUCCAUUUCCUGACUUAAGUACCGCCACGGUGACGGGUAAUAGUGGGAAAGAAGACGAACAUUCCACGAUGGCGGACGAGCUAUCUAAAAGCAAGCCUAGCAUAUACUUCUAA